CUCCGUCUUCUCGAGCAGUCCCUCGACGUGUCAUUCGGCCGAGUCGCCUGCCAUCCCCACAAACCUUAAAACAUCAUUGUUUGUCUUUCCUCAAACCUCGAUUGUCCACUGGAAUUCUCGACUAUCCCGAUACGUGCAACCGCCAACCGCGCCCACUAAACCCUCCCCCUCGAAGACCACGAACUACGAGCGGACCCGCGACGGCGGCAGCAGCAGCAGCAGCACAAGCAAGCAGCCACGAUGUCUGCAACGAAAGAGAACCAGCGCGACUCUGGUGAGGAGGACAGGAAGCUCGAGGGCGGUGUCCUCAGACAGGACUCUGCCCCUCCAGCACCAGCUUCCAACGGCCUCCAUCCAGCCGUCUACAUUGGAGUCUGGAUUGCCUGUUCCUCUGGUGUCAUUAUCUUCAAUAAAUGGGUCCUUGCGACCGCAAAGUUCACCCUCUUCCUCACAACAUGGCACAUGUUUUUCGCCACGGCCAUGACCCAGUUCAUGGCUAGGUUCACCUCCACGCUCGACUCAAGACACAAGGUGCCCAUGACCACCCAGACUUACAUGCGCGCCAUUGUUCCUAUCGGUAUCAUGUUCAGCUUGAGUCUGAUCUGCGGAAACGUGGCAUACCUCUAUCUCUCGGUCUCGUUCAUUCAGAUGCUCAAGGCAGGUCAAAUCCUUAUCGCAUUCGCCACCAAUGCGGUUGUUACCCUCUUCGCGACCUGGGCCUUCGGAAUCGCCCCGCCUAACCUGAAGGUUCUCGGCAAUGUUGGCAUCAUCGUGCUCGGAGUGGUCAUCGCCUCUUUCGGGGAGAUCAAGUUCGACCUCGUUGGCUUCAUUUACCAGUGCAGCGGUAUCGUCUUUGAAGCCCUCCGGCUCGUCAUGAUCCAGCGCAUGCUGAGCUCUGCCGAGUUCAAGAUGGACCCUCUCGUCUCCCUGUACUACUACGCUCCCGCCUGUGCCCUCAUCAAUGGUGUUGUGACCAUGUUUGUUGAGGCGCCACGCAUGUCCAUGGCCGAUAUCUACGGUGUUGGUCUGUUCACGCUCAUCACAAAUGCCUUCGUUGCGUUCCUGCUGAACGUAUCCGUCGUCUUCCUGAUUGGCAAGACUUCUGCCGUCGUCCUCACAAUGUCCGGCAUCCUCAAGGAUAUCCUCCUCGUCUGCGCCUCCCUCAUCAUCUUCCACGACCCCGUCACCCUCCAGCAGUACUUUGGAUACUCGAUCGCCCUUGCGGGCCUCUGCUACUACAAGCUUGGCGCCGAGAAGAUGCAAUCCGCAUUCACAGAUGCCCGCCUCCAGCUCGGCACCAUGCGCCAGAACCACCCUGCGCGAGCAAAGGGCGCAGUCGGUUUCUUGGUCUUUGGUGGUAUUCUGUUUGGGGCGUACCUGUUCUGGCCCAGCCUGCACAUGCCGCCUGUCAUCACCACGCCAUCGGGCUAG